UAACAAUCACCGUCCCCACAGCUCUGACAUCACCCGCUGAAGAUUCUCACCAGCCUGGCCAGCCAAGGGGGCCGAUGUGUGGCCAGGAAUGAUGGCGGGGGAAUGAGCGUAAUGGAACAGCCAGGAACUGCAGCCAGCCCCGUCCCCGCCAGCAUGUUUAGCUGGGUCAGCAAAGAUGCCCGCCGCAAGAAGGAGCCGGAGCUCUUCCAGACGGUGGCCGAGGGGCUGCGGCAGCUGUACGCGCAGAAGCUGCUGCCCCUGGAGGAGCACUACCGCUUCCACGAGUUCCACUCGCCCGCGCUGGAGGACGCGGACUUCGACAACAAGCCCAUGGUGCUCCUCGUGGGCCAGUACAGCACGGGCAAGACCACCUUCAUCCGACACCUGAUCGAGCAGGACUUCCCGGGAAUGCGCAUCGGGCCCGAGCCCACCACCGACUCCUUUAUCGCGGUCAUGCACGGCCCCACCGAGGGCGUGGUGCCGGGCAACGCGCUGGUGGUCGACCCGCGGCGUCCCUUCCGCAAGCUCAACGCCUUCGGCAACGCCUUCCUCAACAGGUUCAUGUGUGCCCAGCUGCCCAACCCGGUCCUGGACAGCAUCAGCAUCAUCGACACUCCCGGGAUCCUGUCUGGAGAGAAGCAGCGCAUCAGCAGAGGGUACGACUUUGCCGCCGUGCUGGAGUGGUUCGCCGAGCGGGUGGACCGCAUCAUCCUGCUCUUCGACGCCCACAAGCUGGACAUCUCGGACGAGUUCUCCGAGGUCAUCAAGGCCCUCAAGAACCACGAGGACAAGAUCCGCGUGGUGCUGAACAAGGCGGACCAGAUCGAGACCCAGCAGCUGAUGCGGGUCUACGGGGCCCUCAUGUGGUCCCUGGGCAAGAUCAUCAACACUCCCGAGGUGGUCAGGGUCUACAUCGGCUCCUUCUGGUCCCACCCGCUGCUCAUCCCUGACAAUCGCAAGCUCUUUGAGGCGGAGGAGCAGGACCUCUUCAAAGACAUCCAGUCUCUGCCCCGCAACGCUGCCCUCCGGAAGCUCAAUGACCUCAUCAAGCGGGCGCGGCUGGCCAAGGUCCAUGCCUACAUCAUCAGCUCCCUCAAGAAGGAGAUGCCCAAUGUGUUUGGGAAAGAGAGCAAAAAGAAGGAGCUGGUGAAUAACUUGGGAGAGAUCUAUCAGAAGAUCGAGCGGGAGCAUCAGAUCUCCCCCGGGGACUUCCCGAGCCUCCGCAAGAUGCAGGAGCUCCUGCAGACUCAGGACUUCAGCAAGUUCCAGGCCUUGAAGCCCAAGCUGCUGGACACGGUGGACGACAUGCUGGCCAACGACAUCGCCCGGCUCAUGGUGAUGGUGCGGCAAGAGGAGUCCCUGAUGCCCUCCCAGGCCGUGAAGGGCGGCGCCUUCGACGGCACCAUGAACGGGCCCUUCGGGCACGGCUACGGCGAGGGCGCUGGCGAGGGCAUCGACGACGUGGAGUGGGUGGUGGGCAAGGACAAGCCCACCUACGACGAGAUCUUCUACACCCUGUCGCCUGUCAACGGCAAGAUCACGGGCGCCAACGCCAAGAAGGAGAUGGUCAAGUCCAAGCUGCCCAACACGGUGCUGGGGAAGAUCUGGAAGCUGGCCGAUGUGGACAAGGACGGGCUGCUGGACGACGAGGAGUUUGCCCUGGCCAACCACCUCAUCAAGGUCAAGCUGGAGGGCCACGAGCUGCCCGCUGACCUGCCUCCACACCUGGUCCCACCCUCCAAGCGGAGGCACGAGUGACGGCCCUGAGUGACCGCCAGCGCGGCCCCCGGGGGGGAGGGGCCAUAAAGACUGAGCCGCGGUUCCUCGGCUCUUGCGAAGGAAAACCACCAUCUUUCUUUUCAGGCUGUUCUCGGGCCCAGCAGGGAGGCGGGUGGUACUUGUAUGUGAAUGAUGGAAUUUUGUGCACAAGAACUAUGGAUAUUUUUAAUAUAUAACGUUAGAGGCA